AGGCGAUAGAGGUGAAGGCGGACCCCAGGCAGUUUCGCGGCGGGGGCAUCGGCGCGAAGGAGCCAGGCAAGCUGAACACGCUGCAGGAGUUCUGGGGCGGCAAGAAGAGCCAGGGCUUCGCGGGAGGGCAGCAGCUGGACAAGUCCAGCCGACUCUCCAAGGUGGAGGCACAGGCUGCGCUCCAGAGGCUCGUCUCCGCGGGCAGCGACCUGAACGAGGACGGUGCGCCGGCUCAGGAAGCUGAUCGACCAGCUCGACUAAGCCUCCUGAGGUGCGGGGCGCGCUUCACCCGAAUCCGUCGGCGACGCAGCCGCGCUGGACGGGAACCGACCGCGCCUGCGAAGUAAGACGUACAUGCGUCGGUGCCCCCGCGCGACCUGCUGACGCCCCCGCGACGGCGCUUCCACCGUGGGGCAACCAGGUGCCCCAGAUCCGGUGCAGCCUUCGCCUCCUGCCCCUCCGAAUUCAGUCAGUGCGUUGGCGUCCCCCUGCGGCGUGCAGACUUCUGCCAUAGCUCUCCUCGCUCGCGACGCCUUCCUGAGCCCGAGAGCGCGACUGACUCGUUGGCUCGGGCCGACAGCAGGGCGCGGGCGACCGCGCGACCCGGCUGGCCCGCCCGACGCCGCUGGCGCUCCGUCGCCGGCUCUUCUGGUGGAGCCUCGUAAUUGCUGCCGUCGUCCUGCCCUGCCCCCUCCUCAUCCCGGCUCCCUCACUCCUCCCCCUCCUCUUCUCCUCCUUUGGCUCUUCCUGAUCUCCUGAUUUCCUGACGGCAUUGGUGUUCUCCG